CCGAAUGCAAGAUAUCGUGGUGGCUCUCGUGGUUUUGUCAAUCAUAAACUAAUCUUUGUUAACCUUUAGAACAUUUUCAAUAGGCUACAAAGUCAAUAGGCUACAGAGUACAUUAUCUUGUUAUUAGGGCAAGGGCGCGGCAGAGUUAGUGGGCGUCCAAUGAUAAUAGGAAGAGAGCUGGCCCGAGCAGUAAGUAGUAAAAUGUUUUGCUAAAUUGAGACAACAACUUUUUAGGAUGCUUCGCAGGAUUGAACGGUUGUGGCCAUUUUUCCUGGUUCCAGUUCUCUCCUACUUACCCUGGAGAUUGUUCAUGGGAAAUUGUUUCGCUUGGCUUUUGGAACGCACAGGGAAAUGUAUCAUGCCAAGUGAUCGUGACAGUCCAGAAUCCCUUCCCAGUGAAGGAGUGAGGAGUCCAGAAUCACUUCCCAGUGAAGGAGUGGGGAGUCCAGAAUCCCUUCCCAUUCAAGAAGUGGAGAGUCCAGAACCCCUUCCCAGUGAAGGAGUGGGGAGUCCAGAAUCCCGUCCCAGUGAAGAAGUGGAGAGUCCAGAAUCCCUUCCCAGUGGAGCAUUGGGGAGUCCAGAAUCCCUUUUUAGUGAAGAAGUGGAGAGUCCAGAAUCCCUUCCCAUUCAAGAAGUGGAGAGUCCAGAACCCCUUCCCAGUGAAGAAGUGGAGAGUCCAGAAUCCCUUCCCAGUGGAGCAUUGGGGAGUCCAGAAUCCCUUUUUAGUGAAGAAGUGGAGAGUCCAGAAUCCCUUCCCAUUCAAGAAGUGGAGAGUCCAGAACCCCUUCCCAGUGAAGGAGUGGAGAGUCCAGAAUCCCUUCCCAGUGGAGGAGUAGGGAAUCCCGAAUCCCUUCCCAGUGGAAAAGUGAAGAGGCCAGAAUCCGAUGAGUACUACUGCGAGUACGACUCGACAUGGGAGGAUCCUCCAAGCAAAGAAACCAGUCGUCAAAGGCCCCAACAUGUGUGGGUACACCAGGACACCGGUUGGUCGCAAAAAUCACACAGGUUUAACAGAUUCAGAAGUGCAGCAAGGGAUAUGCAAAAGUACAGGCGUGAUUAUCCAGAGCAUAGAACACACUUGUACUUCGGCGGGCAACAACAAGAUGAUAUGCCUAAUUUACAAUUCUACCGUGGACAAAUACCCUCCUCCCCUGAUGGUGUCUUCAUUGAGGACUUUCACUAUAAAUGGAAAAGGCAAUAUUCACAACUGGAAAGAGUUCACUCAUACAUCCAAUGGUUGUUCCCUCUUCAAGAACCAGGAAUGAAUUAUCAAGCCAAGGAACUCACCAAAAAGGAAAUUGAGGCUUUCCUUGAAGAUGAAACUGCGAAGAAGAGGCUGGUCAAGUCGUACAAGCUCAUGCUGGACUUCUACGGCAUACAGAUGUCAAAUGAAACAACAGGGGAAGUGCGACGUGCAAAUAACUGGCGUGACAGAUUUGACAACCUGGACAGACAUACACACAACAACCUGCGCAUCACCCGCAUCCUGAAGUGCCUGGGCACUCUGGGGUUCCCCCACUACCAGGCCCCACUGGUCCGCUUCUUCCUGGAGGAAACUCUUGUUAAAGGCAAGCUGUACAAUGUGAAGGAGAGCGUGCUCAACUACUUCAUCUUCGCUGUCAUUGAUAAGCAAGAGCGCAGGGAUCUAGUUGAGUAUGCCUACAAGCACUAUGAGCCCAAACAUGAGUUUGUAUGGUGCCCUAAGAAGAUCCAGAUGACUUUCUCAAAUGGAGAAGAAUUAUCAGAUAAUAGGCAACCAAUGGCAGGCCAUUACCAGCAUGGUAACUACUUAGAUGACAGAGAUGUCAGUGACGACCUAUCUGUUCCUCACAAUGCUAUUGUUAGCACAACUGUUUCCAUUAGGCCAGAAGGCAAGAACAAUUCAGUGAAAGAGCAAUCUCCUCAAGACUUAUCCCAGAGCCUGGAGAAGACCACUGAGGUUCCAGCCAUAGAGCCAUGUCCUAAAGACCCAUCCCAGAGCCAGGUUCAGACCACUGAGGGUCCAGCCAUAGAGCCAUGUCCUAAAGACCCAUCCCAGAGCCAGGUUCAGACCACUGAGGGUCCAGCCAUAGAGCCAUGUCCUAAAGACCCAUCCCAGAGCCAGGUUCAGAUCACUGAGGGUCCAGCCAUAGAGCCAUGUCCUAAAGACCCAUCCCAGAGCCAGGUUCAGACCACUGAGGGUCCAGCCAUAGAGCCAUCUCCUCAUAAGGUAUCCCUGAGCCAGGUGAAUAAAGCCAGAACCAGAGAUGGCACAAAGGGCCCCCGCCCCAAAAAGCCUAGAAUUGGGGAAACUACCUAAACAGUUUUGGAGAGUGUAGUGUCUGAGGGUCUAUGAUUGUGCUGACGUUUGCAAAAGUCUGUUAGAGGAAACUUGGCUCUGCUUUCGGAAACAUCUGGAAAGCAUGACUAAGUUCCUGGAAAAAAGGAUAUGGGAAGAUAUGUGAAAAGCCAGGGAUUGGUGUAUUAAAAUCACGCCAUACUAUGUCACAUAGGAUAUAAAUACCAGGUCUUGAACAAAGGAGAUGAGAAUAGCAAAUCACAGAAUUGGGUCCGGCUGUUCUUUAGAUAUCUGCAGGUAUCUGUAAAUCUGACGCUGAAACUCUUUGUUAUAAUAAACCUUUAUAAUCAAAGUACAGUGUCAGCGGAUCUUCUUAUCAUCACGGCAUUAUCAGCAAUGUUUGUCUUUUCACCACAUUUUAAUGGCGACGAGGCUUUUGGGACGUGAUAUGUAUUUUCUCUGCAUUCCAUUCCUGGGACUUUUUUAAGAGUGUAUAGAGAUGUUUUGUAAUUGAUAACA